AUGGACGGAUGUGAUGUGCAUGAUGGCUACCUAGAUCUACUCCAGACGAUGAGGCAUCUAAGAGAAGACCUUCUUGAGGAUAAGCGUAGGCUGGAAGAGUUGGUUAAUACAUCAAACAAACUGUUCAAGAAAAUAAAAACAUCUUCUGAGCUCAAGCUCGAUGCCAAAAUGACUGCUUUGUCGACAAAAAUAACAUGCACGAGGAUGGAGAAAGACAUUGAGUUAGACGACAUCACUCCUAGCACAUUUUUGGAACUAUUCAGAAAAGGCCUUCUUGAUGACUUCUAUAGAUAUGCCAUGAAAUGCAAUUCUGGAAUAAGAUUCUCUGGCUGCUUUUCUUUAAAUGAUCACUCCGAGGCUUCAAAUAGGAAGAAGCCAUCAGUACAAAGACUGAAGCAGUCUCUUCCUGAGACAAAGAUUCCGGCCUCGAUUACCCGAGAAAGGGCUUCUACGGAAGAGAUGGAUGUCCUUAUGCGGAUAAAGGAGCUUGUUGCAGAGAGAAAUAGAGUAGAAUACUUCAGACUUGUCAUCAACCCGCAGUCGUUUUCGAAAACCAUCGAAAAUAUAUUCUACCUGUCUCUUUCGCUGAGGUCGGGACUUGUAUAUAUGGAAUGGAAUGAUGGUGUUCUGUAUGUCACUUCCAAGAACAAUAGAGGAGGAGGAGGAGAGAUGGGACAUCUAGCCGUUGAGAUGACAUAUGAUGAAUACCUUGUUAUAAUUGAGAGGAUGAAGAUAUCUGAAGCAUUGAUAGAGUGCUGA